UAAACGAAUAGAAACAUAUUUUCACAAAUGAAGGCAAACAUUUUAGUGACAUCUUAUGAAAUGUAAAUUGCUUCAUGGCAAAAGAAUGUUUCUGUUUUCCUUCAGGUCCUGUGGUAGGCGAGUUUCUUCCAGCUCUCCUGCCUCUGUUGAAGAGCUGUGUUGACCCCAGCCGAGAGCCUGAGAUGAGGCUGCACAUCUUCACCAUGCUGUCCAAACUACUGCUGGACGCCAAAAACACACUGGACUCACAGGGGCAGUUUGGUGAACACAUGGAGAUGGUCCUGCAGGAUUUGUUGAUGCCCAAUCUGGUGUGGCGUUCAGGUCGAUCAGCUGCAGCUGUCAGAACCGCUGCUCUCAGCUGUCUGUUAGCUGUCCUACAUGGAGAGGCUUUCCCAGCAGAGAGAGUGGUGUCAGCGGUGGACUCUCUCUCCUCUCUGCUGAUCUCUGCACUGGAGGAAGACUCAAAACUGGCUCGUCUUCUGGCCUGUAGAUCUCUGACCUCCCUGCUGAAGAUCACAGCUCAGCAGAUCAGCACUGACAAGCUCAACCAAGUCUAUCCAGAGCUGCUGAAGCGUGUGGAUGACAGCAGUGAAGACGUGCGUGUGGAGGCUCUCAAGUCUCUGAGUGUGUGGUUCUGCUCUUUGGGGAAAAACUAUGACAUGCAGUCCAACCGUCCACACCUGGAGCUCCUGUUCCAGCAGCUGCUGCUCUACAUGGAUGAUCCUGACACCACAGUCCAGAACACAGUGCUCGGUGUUCUGAAGGUGGCGAGUGCAGUGGAUGGAGAUCUGUUACAGCAGCAGACAGAGAGUGUGAGAGAGAAACAGCGCAGCCCAGAGUACUGUGACAAACUCCUGCAGCACAUACACUCAUUAUGACAAUCAAGCCCUAAACACACACACAAAGACACUCACACACGCACAAAACUCCAGACAUGCACACACACUUACUGUGUACAUUCAGACAAUUUGUGAAUGGGCAAAAUCUAAGUGUAUUUUCACCUUUGCUCUUUUAUUAUUGGUGAACUUUUAUUAAAGUAAAUGUUAUAUAUAUGAAAACAGUAAACAUCAUACAUUUUAUAAUUAAUAUACCCAAAUUGCUCAUAAAAACAUUGACUGUAGUUGUCUCCCAGAUUUGAAGAUGAACUUAUUUAAAAUGUGCCUUUUCUUUUUGCCGUCGACACCUUUAUUAUUCAUUGAACUUACGAUUGUUAAUAAAUAAAUUCGUUUAUUAAACUUUUUUUUUCACA